AUGGCCACCUCACAAGACUCCCACCUCACCUCAGGCUACCAACACAACGACGCCUUCGACUACGGCUUCCUCCCCGUCGGCUCAAUCCACAAACUCUACUACGCACAAUACGGCUCUCCCCAAGGAAAACCAGUCAUCUUCCUCCACGGCGGUCCAGGCGGCCAAACUACUCCCUCCAACACCCUCUUCUUCGACCCCUCCGUCUACCGCGUCGUGCUGCUCGACCAGAGGGGUUCAGGGAAAUCCGAACCGGCCGCUGAGUUGAGGGAGAAUACCUCGCAGCAUCUCGUCUCGGACAUUGAGACCUUGCGGCAGCAUCUCGGGAUCGAGAAAUGGAGCCUCGUCUUCGGCGGGUCGUGGGGCUCUACGCUCGCGCUGCUGUACGCCCAAACCCAUCCGGACCGCGUGGGAGCGCUGGUGCUACGGGGCGUCUUUACCGUCCGAGAGAGCGAGCGGUAUUUCACGCGCGGCUUCAACGGGACGGCGCACUUGUUUCCAGAAUUCUUCGAGGAGUGGGUGAAUUUCCUGCCGGAGGAGGAGAGAGCGGAUCCGUAUAAGGGGUAUCUGAAGCUACUAACAGGGGAUGAUCAUGAGGUAAAGGUGAAGGCGGCAAAGGCGUGGAAUAAGUGGGAGUUGGGGAUUAGUCAACUCCGGCCGGACGAGGAGGCGUUUGGGAAAUUGGAGGAUGAGCGGUGGUCGUUGCAGCAUGCGAGGAUGGAGGUGCAUUAUGAGACGAAUGGGGCGUUUAUGGAGGAGGGGCAGUUGUUGAGGCCUGAGAAUAUUGAGAAGAUUAAGCAUAUCCCUUGCAGUAUCGUGCAAGGCCGGUACGACGUCGUCUGCCCUCCGAAGACUGCGUGGGAGCUGCACAAGGCGCUGCCGGAGUCGAAACUGUAUAUGAUUCCCGAUGCUGGGCAUAGUGCGAAGGAGCCUGGCACUCAGCGGAAGCUGAUUGAGGUCUGCGAUGAGUAUCGCAGUCUGUAA